ACUUGUUACCCGCUUGAUCUGUAGCUGUGAGGUGGCUAUCAACUUUUUUAUCUACACUUACAAUAGAGUUUGUUUCAGAUGUCGUUUUUGCGGCGCUAUCUAUUCGCAGCUAUAGGUGUCUGCGUGAUAUGCACAUUGAUUAUAUCCUAUAGCUGUACUUGCAACUCCGCAUCAUCAGAAAUCUAUGUUGCCCGAAGGAGCGUGCUUGAAGCAACAUCAGUUACCGAUAUCAAAAAAGACGACACUUACUUACUUGUGAUGAUAAUGUCUUCUCCUAACGACAGCGAUGUGCGAACAGUGAUUAGAAAUACAUGGUUGCGAUUGUCACAAAAGGGUCCUUCGGUUGUGCAGCAUCGUUUUCCACUUGGAACAAAAGGAAUUAGUGAGGAUAUGCGCUUGCGUUUGGAGGAAGAGCAGAAGGUGCACAACGAUCUUGCUCUCAUUGAUGCAUUGGAAGAGAAGUAUUCGAACUUAGCACUGAAGACUUUAAGGUCAAUGGAAUAUGCAUUUCAACAAUUUCGGUUCCAAUACGUGCUAAAGGUGGACUCUGAUUCAUUUGUUCGUCUUGGUGCGAUCAUCAAAGCUUUGAAGGACAUCCAACAUCCUCGUCUUUAUUGGGGAUUCUUGGAUGGUAGAGCGAAACCUAUACGCAAAGGAAAAUGGCGUGAAUCAAAUUGGGUGUUAUGUGAUCGCUAUCUACCCUAUCAGCUUGGAGGUGGAUACGUAUUAUCUUACGAACUGGUUCGUUUCCUGGCACUCAAUGCACGACUGUUUAAAUUAUACAAAAAUGAAGAUGUCUCUGUUGGCGCUUGGCUCGCUGGUCUUGACAUCAAAUACGUUCAUGAUCCACGUUUUGAUACGGAAUGGAAAUCUCGAGGCUGCAACAAUGAAUAUCUUAUCACGCAUAAGAAAUCACCUCAAGAGAUGGAGACUUUAUACAAUAAUCUUGUGAACCUACGAAAGCUGUGUGAAAAGGAGUAUCGAGUGAGAUAUUCAUAUGUUUAUGACUGGACAGCAUUGCCGAGUGAAUGCUGCCAGCGAAGAAAUGGGACAAACAUACCUUGAUUUGUACUGAUUUUUCCGCGAUAUCGUCGGUAACAUCACACUAAGAUCCUUGAGGAUUACCAAGUAAUCGUUAUGUUUUUAUUAGUGUUCUGUAAUGUGUACAGAUUAUGUAUAGCGAGUUGAUUCACAUCAAUUUAAUGUAUCACAUGACUUUUGAAGUUGAAGUUCUUCUAUCUUAAAUCCUUGAUUACUUUAACUAUGCAUAAUUAUGCCAUCAAUGCUACGGGUUUCCUACGUCCUUGCCCAUUUCAUGGUUGCAAUAUAAAUGUUGUUGUCUCC